AUGUCCGACAAGGAUCGAGAAACUAUCGAUUUCAUUCACGCUGUGACAGAGUACAGCGGCACAAUUCAUGUCCCUCGGGCCAAUGGAUUGGAAAUGCAAAUGACUCGACAUGGUCCUGAGCCUGACUGUCGAAUUGCUGUCGGGUCUCCCGGCCAUGCAUUGACCGUACCGACAUUGAACACACACGUCGCGAUGCAGGUCAGCUUCUUGCAGUCUGUGUUGGGACGCGAGCUCUCUAGAGUGUGCAUGAUACGAGUUGCGGAGACGUAUCUUUGGCGAUGUACAUACAGGGAAGAAGUACUCUAA